AUGCAGGCCCUACCUUUCGCUUUCCUUCUCUUCAUAUCGCUAUCAAUCGUGGAAACUAAAAGAAGUUCUAGUGAAAAAGAAGAUGAACAAGAAAUUGUACCUAUAUGGUCUGGCGGAACGACCCCUGUUUACGAGGACAAGGGUUCCAUCAAAGAAGAUAAUAAUGGUCAUGAAAUUCGGCCUAUGGAACCGGACAAGGACGACGAAAGUGAAAAAGAAAGAUAUGGCAAUGAAAUUCAGCCCAUGAAUCCCAAUCUCAGCGGAACUACUCCUGGAUACACGGGAAACAAGUGUGAAAAAGAAAGAAAUGGUAAUGAAAUUCGGCUUAUGAAUCCCAGCAGUACUACUCCUGGAUACAUGCGGAAAGGUUCUACUCCUGGAAUCAUUAUAAAUGAAGUCUACCCUACGUGGCCUACAGUAAAUACGCCUGGUUACAUGGAGAAGGGUUCUACCCGGAAGAAGUGUGUUUAUAAAACUACUACUACUACAACGUGGUCUACAAUAACAACUCCUGGAUACGACGAAAGCGGUUCUACUCGAGGAAAUGCUCCAGAUGAAAAGCCGCCUACAAAGCCUCCAGCACGUACGCAUGGAAACGAAGAAAAGGGUUCCGGUAGAGGAAAUAAUGCAGGAUACAAACCGCCCACGGGGCCUUCAGUAUCUUACUCAGUAUGGCCAGGAUACGGAGGAAGAGGUCUUACUCAUGGAAAGACGAGACUAGGACUAGGAGGCUUUCAAGGAAAUCAACUCAGUCUGGGACGCUCACCCUCAUUUCAACAUCUUUCCUCGGCUAUUAAACAAUGA